AUGGAGAAAAAACAAUGCCAAGGGGCUGAAGAUGAGAGUUUUGACUACUAUCAAAGAGCACAGUGGCUUCGUGCUGCUGUUUUGGGAGCCACAGAUGGGCUAGUUUCUAUUGCAUCGUUAAUGAUGGGCGUGGGAGCUGUUAAAAAAGAAUUCAGAGCCAUGCUGCUUGCUGGAUUCGCAGGGUUAGUUGCUGGGGCAUGCAGUAUGGCAAUAGGAGAAUUUGUCUCCGUUUCCACUCAAUAUGACAUAGAGAUGGCUCAGUUGAAAAGAGAGAAGAAAAGCAGAAAGGCCGGAGAUGUCGAUGUGCAGGAUAUAAUUAAAGAAGAUAUGGACAAGGAGAAGCUCCCGAAUCCGGUGCAAGCUGCUUUUGCCUCGGCACUUUCAUUUUUGGUGGGAGGAUUGGUGCCACUGCUGACUGCUGCGGUUGGAAAGGAUCAUAAAGUGAGGCUUGAGUUGGUGGUUGGGGUGGCCAGCUUGACAUUAAUUGUGUUCGGAGUGAUAGGAGCAAAGCUUGGGAGGACUGCUGUGGGAAGAUCCUGUGCCAGGCUGCUUGUUGGAGGAUGGAUGGCUAUGGCUAUUACAUUUGGGAUGACCAAGUUUAUUGGAUCCGGUGGAUUGGAAUUGUGA